CUUCACCACUCAAUGCGUGGCAACAUGUCCCUCAUCCAUGAACGAUCCAGCAGGAUAUGCUUUUAAGGUAGCUGUGGAAGGAGAAGAUCUGGUACAGUUAAAUGUCAAAGAAGGGGUGUGGGUCGCUGGAGACUAUCCUCAUUCGGAAGUUGUACAGAAUAGCCUACAGAAGGACAGAGCCUCACUGGUUUCCAUAAAAAAAAUGCUGAAUAACCAGUGCCAUGCCUUGGCAAUCGCAUAUUCAACUGCAGGGAAAGAAGCCCUCUUAAGAAAGAUCCAGCCACUGGUCUACAUAACUAAGAAAUCUGAAAAAUCUGAAAUAGAGAUCAUUUGUAUGGUGACCGGCUUCUAUCCAAAGCCAAUCAACGUAAGUUUGUGGAAGGAGAAAAAAAUGGAGGAUGUGAUGUCGACUGUGACUCUACCCAAUGGAGAUGGAACUUACCAGAUAACCGUGUUGACAAUUACAAAUUCGUUAGACCAGCAAAGCAUCUACUGCCGAGUGGAACACAGCAGCUUGAAAGAGCCAUUAAUAGUACAUCUGGAUAAACGACAUCAGAUAUCCAGAGGGCUGGGUAUAUGUAUCGCAGUUGCUUCUAUGGUCGGGCUGGCAUGCUUAUUGAAGUAUUAUAGAAGUCGCAGGUAAG